AUGAAAACAACAAAGAUGAAGAAGAUGUAUGGUCUUAUCAACCAUUGCUGCGAAGACUUUCUGAAUAACUUAGAUAACAAUGUGUCGAAAGGUAUGAAUGAAGUCGAGUUGAAGCAACUGAUGGGCGCCUACACUAUGGAUGUGAUCGCCAGCUGUAUGAAUGAAGUCGAGUUGAAGCAACUGAUGGGCGCCUACACUAUGGAUGUGAUCGCCAGCUGUCCCUUCGCUACCAAAACCAAUACAUACGCCGAUCCUAACAACCCGUUCACCACUACAGCUGACAAUCUGUUUAAUAUUCCUUUUUGGAAAGGGAUGUUAUCAUUGCUUUUGCCCACAUUUAUUGUCAGUAUAUUCCUGCGUAUAUGUAAUAAAGAAAAACACAACGAUUUUCUGCAGCUAUUAAUGGAUGUCGAGAGAUCUGAAGGAGACAUACGAGAAGCCAGUGAUGCCUUUGAAGCACAUCAUGUGAAUGAGGGUAAGGAUGACUUCACAGCCGAUGCCGAGGCCUUCAGUAAUGUAUUGGAGAAGAAGUUGACUGAAGACGAGAUAUUAGCGCAAUGUUUCCUCUUCUUCGUCGCCGGUUACGAGACAACUGCCACUACUCUGUCGUACUGUACGUAUGAAUUGGCACUCAAUCCGGGACUUCAGGACAGACUCUAUGAGGAGACCAAAGACGUGUUCAAUGAAAAGGGAGAAAUCGAUUACGAAGUGCUGUCGAGACUAACAUUCAUUUACGCACUCAUAUCGGAAACUCUUCGCAGUUAUCCGCCAUUACUUCGACUCGAGAGGGAAGCCAUGGAAGACGUAAUGUUAGGCAACACUGGAGUAAAGAUCGAGAAGGGAGUGAUCGCCGAAAUUCCUUUCUAUGCCAUACAUCACGACCCCGACCACUAUCCGGGUCCAUUUACCUUCAACCCGGAUAGGUUUAUGCCCGAAAACCGGGAUGAUAUCAAAGCCUACACUUACCUGCCUUUCGGAUCGGGUCCACGAAAUUGCAUUGGAAUGCGAUUCGCGUUAUUGUCAGCAAAGCUCGCGUUAGCGAAGAUUUCACAGAAGUUCCGCUUCUCCAGAGUCACCGACACUGACGUCCCCGUAGUCUUCAAUAAGGGUCGGCCUCUCUGUCAGGCAAAACGACUUGUGGUCGGCAUUCAGAAACGAUAG